AUGGAAAGAAACUUUGAUAGAGAGCUUCGAGAAAUUCCAAAGAUUCAGGCAGACGAGAAGGAAGACAUACUUCUUGUUCAGAAUAGGAUUCAGGAGGCUGCGUUAGAAAAGAUACAAAAGCAUCUUGGAGGUGACACGGAUCCUCAAUUUCGCGAGUGGGUCAACGACACUUUCGAAUUGGCAGCCCCAAAUUUACAAGUAAACGGUAUCGACUAUAAUAUCGCUCUCAAGGAAAAGAAUGGUAGAGUUUCUUUACUUGUUUCUUUUGGAAUUUUCCGUCAAGGUCUAAUGUUUCAAAUGUUUCAACAAACAAAUAUACAAGACAUGGAACCAUUUAACGAAGAAUUGUGCCUUAGAGUACACGAUGUUCGUGCACAAAUUGAGGAGGCGACAGUAAAAUUAACACAACGACGUAAAACUUUGCCCGACAAGGUGAAAGAUGUCAUCCGAGAGUUAAUGACGAAACAGGCAAUUUCGAUUGAUAAUGUGAACUUUGUGGACAAGAAAAGCGUUGAUGAGAUGGAGGUCGAGGAAUCAUCGGAUGACACGCGGGUCAUCGAACAGACGAGUCAAACAUUUGAUCAAAGUCUUUCGAUUUUAGAAGAUCUGAAAAAGUCAGUUUCUGGUAACCUGUCAAGGUUGGAACGCGCUCAAACUGUCAUAAUGGACAUUAACCAAUACAAUUCUUAA